CGACCAAUUGAUGGGCAAAACACAUCUCAUAUGGGAUUCGCUGAACAAAGAUUUACAACAGCCGUAGACGAAGAGUUUCGGUGCCCGAUAUGUCGGGAUGUGUUGGACGAGCCAAUCACAGCCCAGUGCGAGCACGUCUUCUGUCGGGCCUGUAUUCACGAGUGGCUGUCCAGAGAGCAGUCGUGUCCAGUCGGUCGGCAACCGUUGAAAGUGCAUCACUUGCAAGACGUGACCAGAUUUUUCCGCAACUAUUACACCAAACUUGAGAUCUGUUGCGAUUUCGCCGACAGUGGCUGUCAGUUUGUGGCCAAAGUCGAUGAGAUUAAAGCCCACGAGAAUCAGUGCCCCUUUAAUCCCGAUGUGAAGACUGAGUGUCCAAAUGGUUGCACAGCAAUGGUCACGAAGAAGGAGCUGUCGGCUCACGAUUGUGUCCAAUAUCUCAAGAAUAUUAUUGCCGACAAAAAUGCGGAGAUUUCCCGUAUGUCUGACCGCGAGAGCGAUUAUAAGCGAAAGUUAUUGGACUUUCAAAUCACUAUUAAGACCAAGAAUUCCGAAAUCAAUUAUUUGAAUGAAUGCCUGUUUGAGAGACGGAACCAAACAUCAGAUAAGGGAUCAGUGAUCAUACCCUCCACCUCUAGACCCACCGCUUCAGACAAUAAGCAACGCAUUCCCUGUGGACGUCACCGCAAUCAACGGCUACCGGAGCCGUACCAUAGAGUUUGA